AUGGAAUGCACGCAGGUUGAUCCCAAGGCCCAGCUCGUGCUAGCAGUAACGAGAAGCGAAGCCGGGAAGCAAGGAGAUGCGUUGGUACUGAGGGACUUGGACUGGCAGGGAAGUGAGGAAGCAGCGAAGGAUGGGAAGGGGGAGGAGGGGGAGGGAAAGGGGGGGAAGGAUGGAGAGCAAGAGGAGGAGGAAGGGGAGAGUAUGGAGGAGUUGGAGUGUUUGUUUGAGCCUGAGAGUGACGUGCUGCUGGCACCACGCUUGGUGGAGGGGGGGGGUGGUGGAGGUGGGAGCGAGGGAGAGAAACAGAGUGGCAGUGUAGUGGCUGCGGAUCAUGGCGGCAGCAGCAGUGGUGGCACGAGUGGGGGAGGAGGGGGUGGUGGUGUGCUGAGGGGUGUUGAGCAGGCAGCAGUGCUGGCGAUGGCUGUUGACACAGUGAAGCAGAACGCUGCGGAUGAAUUGAGAGGUGAUAGUGCCGAGACACGCGACAAAGGGGAUGAGAGGUGGCGGGUAGGUCUGGUGGGAGGAGCAGUGACUAGUUAA